UCCUACUCUCUCCACAGCAUAACAUACAUGAUUUUUAUACCUCAUGGCUUUAACAGGUUCUAUUUACCGUAAGCCAUUACUGUACGUGGCAUUGGCUCCAACCCGGAGGAGAGGAUUGCUUGUGGUUGCUGCAUCAAUGGCACACACAACUAUGACAAGAGUUGUUUCAUUGACUGAAAAACAAUUUGAGGACUGCAUUUUUCUCACGUAGAGUGGACACAUCACAGCCAUUGCGUGCAUGCAAGAGAAGCUGCAGUGAUCAACAACAAAUCAAAUGUAUGAAUUGGAGGGACUAGCUGUUGAUUCACAGCUGAAGGUUUUUCUGCUUGGAAUAUCCAGAAUCUUCUUUUCCAGCUUUGACAAUUAAAAUGUGUAGGCUAAUAUAAUGCUUUUAUUACACACCUGAAGGCUAUCAUGGAUUAUUUGGUUGACUUAAAAACAAUACUACAAAGACUGCAUUGGAUAAUAUUCAUUGUUUGGUGAGCGGAGGAUCUCAAAUUUUCUCCUGGGACGUUUUGUCAUCACCAAGCCGCCAAGCUGGCUAUGGCCGCGGCGAUCGCCAGCUCCCUCAUUCGGCAGAAGAGGCAGGCGAGGGAGCGGGAGAAGGCGAAUGCCUGCCGCUGCGCAAGCAGUCCGGAUAAUUGCAAAGCAGGGGACAGGGGACCCUGUGACAAACCGAGCAAGCUGAACGUGUUCUCACGCGUCAAACUCUUUGGCUCUAAGAAACGGAAGAGAAUAAGGCGACCAGGUGUGAUCUUUCGACUUAACACAAAAAAAAACGGUUAUCAUAACCAUCAUCAUCAUCAGCGGUGUAGUGAUGCCUGGAGAAAGCCCCAGCUGAAGGGGAUAGUGACAAGGCUGUACAGCCGCACAGGCUUCUACCUUCAGAUGCAAGCUGAUGGAACCAUCGAUGGAACCAAGGACGAGGACAACAGCCAUGCUGUGUUCAACCUCAUUCCUGUUGGGCUGCGAGUUGUGGCCAUUCAGGGGGUUCAGACCAAACUCUACCUGGCCAUGAACAACGAUGGCUUCCUGUAUACCUCUGAGCACUUCACCCCAGAGUGUAAGUUCAAGGAGUCGGUGUUUGAGAACUACUACGUGACCUACUCCUCCAUGCUCUACAGACAGCAGCAGUCAGGCAGGGCCUGGUACCUUGGCCUCAAUAAAGAGGGGGUCAUCAUGAAGGGCAACCAUGUGAAGAAGAAUAAACCAGCGGCCCACUUCAUCCCUAAACCACUGAAAGUUGCCAUGUACAGAGAACCCUCACUCCAUGACCUGACCGAGUUCUCCCGCUCCGGCAGCGGUACUCCCACCAAGAGCCGCAGUGCAUCGGCCUUGCUGAACGGAGGAGGGAAGACACUGAGCCAGAACGAGCAGUCCACAUAGCUGUGGGGAGUCCGUCUCGGGCAGAGGGCGGCUCUCCCAAUCGUACAGUAAGCAGACACAACUGAUCCUCGUCUAACUGAUCAGGUGGAGAGCAAGGGAAUUAGCUUAGCUUAGCGUGUACUGAAACCACUGUGACAGACUAUGACAUCAUCAAUGAAAAAAUCCAUGGGUUUCUGCGGGUCAAAUUUGCUAUGAACUUUGAUACAAAAGGCCUAAACCAUUUUGCUGGUCUGGAGUAUAUAUUCUUCCUUGGAUUAUUCUUGAGCAUAUGUAGCGUAUUAGCCAUGUAUCUCUUUCUCCAAGGGUCUUGAGAGGGAGAGUUACUGGCCAGUAGUUAGGUGGUCCGUGAUCGGUCGCUUCCAUGCCUCUUAAAAAAAAAAGCUCUUUUUUGGGGUGUUUGAGUCCAAGAAAGCUGUACAUAUCUGCAAGCCUUCUGCAUCGGUCCUACUAUCUGCCAUAUACAUUGCUUGCCAGCCAUACCAAUUGCGUUCAUUUGUUCCUGUGUACCAAAGACUCAAACCUGUUUCUCUGGUUUUGCUGAAGACAAAAAAAGUCAGAAAAACUGUGGACUAAUCGUACUACAUACUAUUUACAACAUACUGUUUGGCAAAAAAUGUAUACAAUAAGUAACACAUUUCAACAUACUAGGCUCACUCAUACUGAAAAUGCCUCAUCUAAUGCAGAAUGCAGAACUCUUCCCCUUAUCUGAUUAUCAACUGUUGCCAAGCACACGUUGGUCUGAAAAUAUGUUUCUCUCCCCCGCCCCAAUAGCAUGUAGCAAACUCGUACUAGAUGAAACGUGAAAUGACUAUGACAUCGUGGCAUUUAAAGCGAAUAACAUUUUCGAAAUUUGACACCCUUUGUGUCGAACGCAAGUAGACUAUGAGUAGGACACGGGUAAUUGGACACGGCCAAUGUGUGGUUUAUAGGGACUUGUUUUCACAGACCCUCCUCUGUUUAUCUAUAUUAUUUGAAGAGUCUGUUUCCAUCUUCGGUUAUUACAUCCGAAAGCCUAACUAGAGACCUCUUGAGUUUUGGGAGAUGUUUGAAUAGGCCACUUAUAUCAACCCUUUUACAGCAUUGUGUCAUUAGUAGGCUCCUUUUCCAUUCUAGGGGACAUAGCAAACCAUGAAGGUAGUUUCAUAGUGUAUUUAGAUGUGUUUCGUCAUUUGUUUACGUGUAUGUGUAUUACGUGCUUGCUUUCGUGUAUGUGCAAGGAUAACAACAUAAUCCUCGAUUUAAAAAAAAAAGUACAAUCAAGUGGGGAUUAUUAGUGAAAUGGAGGGCUCGUCCAGAUAAAAUGAUUGUAUGUAUUCUCCUGCAUUGUUUUUUCCUUCCCUGGGGCCAAAUGCACUGAACAAAAAUAUAAAUGCAACCUGCAACAAUUUCAAAGAUGUUACUGAGUUACAGUUCAUGUAUGGAAAUCAGUCAAUUUAAAUGAAUUCAUUAGGCCCU